UGUAUGACUAGUGUGUGGACACACUGGAGAAAUUUUCAUGCUAGUUAGCUGUGAAAAGUAUUUUGCGGAAAUAGAUUUGAAAAAUUCAAUAUUUCGAAGCUAUUUCGGCGCUACUAUCCAUCGUUUGUGGCUUACUCAGGAGCAGCGAAACAAUAUAAAACAGAAAAAUGGCCGAUGUCAUGAAUAUCGACAGCAUAAUAUCACGUCUUCUCGAGGUGCGUGGGGCACGGCCAGGCAAAAACGUUCAGCUCUCUGAGGGCGAAAUUCGUGGGCUCUGCCUCAAGUCGCGCGAGAUAUUCCUCUCGCAGCCCAUUCUGUUGGAGUUGGAAGCCCCGUUGAAGAUUUGCGGCGACAUUCACGGUCAAUACUACGACUUGCUGCGACUUUUUGAGUACGGUGGCUUUCCACCGGAGUCAAAUUACUUGUUUUUGGGCGACUACGUUGACCGUGGCAAACAAUCGCUGGAAACCAUCUGUCUGCUCCUGGCCUACAAGAUCAAAUAUUCGGAGAACUUCUUCUUGCUGCGCGGCAACCAUGAGUGCGCCAGCAUAAACCGCAUCUAUGGAUUCUACGAUGAGUGCAAGCGCCGCUACAGCAUCAAGCUUUGGAAGACGUUUACGGACUGCUUCAAUUGUCUUCCCGUGGCGGCCAUUGUUGACGAGAAGAUAUUCUGUUGCCAUGGCGGUCUGAGUCCGGAUUUGACUUCGAUGGAGCAAAUCCGACGCAUUAUGCGCCCCACUGAUGUCCCGGAUCAAGGUCUGUUGUGCGAUCUGCUGUGGUCCGAUCCGGACAAGGACACCAUGGGCUGGGGAGAGAACGACCGCGGCGUGAGCUUCACAUUCGGAGCCGAAGUGGUGGCUAAAUUCUUGCAGAAGCACGAGUUCGAUCUCAUCUGCCGUGCCCAUCAGGUGGUCGAGGAUGGCUACGAGUUCUUUGCGAAGAGGCAGCUGGUCACCCUGUUCUCGGCACCCAACUACUGCGGUGAAUUCGACAAUGCUGGCGCCAUGAUGUCCGUGGACGACACACUGAUGUGCUCGUUCCAGAUCUUGAAGCCGGCAGACAAACGUAAAAAGUAAUAUCUUUUAAACCCAACAAGUCCUUUUCUAUAUAAAAAAAAAAACAUAAGAAACAACCCAAGAGAAAAUAAAAAUGCAAAAAAUCACAUCGGAUCGUGGAUUGAACGUAUGCCAAGUCGAAUUCUACAAACAACAACUACAUACCAACACAGCAACAGAAGGAAGAGUGCCUCCUAGCAUCGAACACACACACACAAUCCAGUCCAGUCCAGUCCAAUCCGACGACCCAAUGAUCUGGACAGACAUCAAAUGGAGUUUUAAUCAAUUGAGAUUUGAUUCAAAUUACAGAACCAAACAAAAACAUUUGACAAACACACCAUAAUUGAAAACAAACAUAUUUAUUUUUAAAAUCCAAUCCCAUAUACAUAUAUAUAUAUCGGGAGCGGACAUUUCACACACAAACACACACACACAUUUACACCCACACCUGCAGAAACAUAUGUUUUUUUCGUCUUGACACUAGGUAAACAGGUCCGAAGUGCAGGAGGAGGAGGAGAAGAGCACCCGGCAGAAAUACGAACAUAUUUCACAUAGACAUACGGACAAAGCGGCUGGAAUUCAGUGCGUCAAAAAAAACAUAUACAUAGAAGAGAGGGGCCCUGUAAAGCUCUUUGGCCUUAAAACAUUAAACAAAUGAAGAAAAAGAA